CACAAGCAGCCACACACACUACAGCCGUCCACGGGGAGCACAGAGCACAGAGCUGCAGCUACACAAGUGUUUGCGGAGAUAUACAGUGACAAGAGCACAAUGAUGAGGAUCAGCCUGCAAACUCUGACAACAUGUCUACUGUUGUGCAGUGCAGUAACAGCACAGUCAGCAAAUUCAACCGUCCCAACAUUUUCUCCAUCAUCCUCCCCGACAAAUAACCCCCCUCCCACCACUCCACCGAGCCUUGGGACCACACUGACCACCGUCAUUUCCUCACCCACAACUGUGAAUUCAUCAACUACGCAACCUGCCGCAGCAACUGAAAAUUCCACUAAUACAACUUCUUCCAUCAACGGUACAGCUUCCACUCCACCGACUGUCACCGCUGAGAUAAACAACACUCCAAGCUCGACAACGCCAUUAACAGUACAAACCUUGCCCACGUCCUCUUCAUCUUCUUCCUCAUCCCCAUCACCUCCAUCUACCACAAAUAGCACCCAGGAGACUAGCACCAAUAGCACCGGCCCUGGCACUGGCACCACCGGCCCUGGCACUGGCACCACCGGCCCUGGCACCGGCACCACCGGCCCUGGCACCGGCACCACCGGCCCUGGCACCGGCACCACCGGCCCUGGCACCGGCACCACCGGCCCUGGCACUGGCACCACCAGCACCAGCACCACCCGCCCUGGCACCACCGGCCGCACUACACAACUCACCAGCACCACCGCCAAACCCCAACCCCCCAUCACAACUAGUAGUACCACCACCACCACCACCACCACCACCACCAAAACCACCACACUGGUAGACGAAGGACACAAGUCCGAGGCUCUGAGCUCAGGAAGUAUUGCAGCCAUUAUAUGUGCGUUCAUCAUCAUCGUCACCUUAGUGUUAGUUGGGCUGUACCACUACAAGAUCCGACGUACAUCCUACGGCCCUCUUCUGGAAAACAAUGAACGCAGCACUUUGGGAAACUUCAGCAACCCCAUGUAUGACCCUUGAAUCUUACCUUUUGACCUCCGACUCCAGAAGUGACCCCCUAAACCGAAAGUCCUCAGUUUGCAUAAGCAGACAUUCUGAUCAGAGUGUUUGUAGUGUGACAAAUGUCGCACAUUUCAUAACUGUGACAUGCAGCCUGAUCACUUGAUUGCAAAAUGCAAAACAAAUGUGAUGUUUCUAUUGAUCUUUGUUCAGGUAGCCUUGUUUUUUAUUGCAAUAGGUACAGUUAACUUGGCAAUAAGUUGCAGUUUUUGCUCAGGUAGCUUUGCAAACAGCUCUGGCUGCAUAGACACAGUUCGUAAUCAUAUUGGAAAUAAUGUGAAGAAAUCAAUUGAAAGUCUAAAUCGCAGUGAAAACAAGCUUCAUCUGGGGCAUCAUGAAUCCCAAAGGGUUCUUUAAAGAAAAAGUUUUCAGUCAACAGGAACUGAUUAUUUGAACUCAAUCAGGAUGUUUUUCACAUUAAAUAGGGAUACAAAAUUUUACUCUACGAAUCUGUAAAAAGAGUGUCAAUAAAUGAGGAAGAUAUGACAGUGACAAUUUUCCGCUGUCCGGAAGUAGCAGUGGAAACUGUGUGACAUACAAAGUUACGAAAGGCCUGAAUUUAAGCAUGAAGUUAAAACAAUAUAAAUGAACAUCAUGGCACAAAAUAUUUUUACUUAUCAUGGACUCUUCCUUUAAGUACCCGCUGAGAUACUUUUUCCUUAGUUAAACUGGGAAAUGAUGAAAUAUCUGUCACAAAAGUCGAUAAAUGUUCAGAUUUUCAUGUAGCUGGAUAGACUAAGUUCAAAGCUUAGACAGCACUGAUCUACAAGUGACUUGCUUUUACAUGUAUGUUUAGAUUCUGUAGAUAAGGAGGAGGUGUACCAUUUGGAGGAAAUGGAAAUUCUGAGAAAGCACUGAAAAGGACUGUGAUGACACAUAACUUUUAGCAAAUGGUUUGACAACGAGUGGAGGUAUGGAAAUAACCUUUGAAAGACAAACAGGAAUAAAAAAAAAGGAAAAAAUGCAUCAAAGCGACUUAAAUGAUCCUGAAUCUUUUCUAUUACUUUUAUCAGUACCAAUAAUUAGGACCAUUUCUACUCCGAGCAGAAAAGUAGGUGCUAAUGCUUUCAAGACUUUUGAGGAUUUGUCCUAAAAGCUGUGUAGUACAGACAUGUUUAGGCAACACAGAGGGGCAACGUCAGCGUUAGUAGCAGAAACAACAAUCUAGAAAGGAGACUAUAACUUGAGGAAAGUGAUUGAGGUUUUGUAUAUCAUUUGUAUAUCAAAUGCUCAUCCGGCAUUACGUUGAAUUUGUGAGGAAAACUUUGCUUUACCUCCACGGUGAACGAUGAAUCCAAAAAAUGGAGAAAAUUCUUGAUGAAUUGAAGUCACGAGCAAAACAGACACAACUUUCACACAACUUUCAGGAGCUGUUGGUCUACCACUGCCGUGAUUAGUUAAUUUAUUUGUACAUUUGUGAGACUUUUUAAAUGGGUAGUUUGGAUUCACCAGAGUCACACAAUAACACAAACAAACUACUGAUCGAGGCGGUAGCAGAGCAGCACCUCCUGUGUUCAGUGAGGUAAAAUUACUGUUUUUGUUAAUGGAGUCUGGCUUUGAAAAAGAGCAUAAAUACAUUUCACUUUUAGUUCAGUUCUUUGCCGGAAAGGGCUGUCUGUUUGGGAAGUACUGAACAUAUGCCUGAAUAAAUGAGACAUGGCUUAUGCACGAGUUGUGUGAGAGUCUUUAAACAGGUGUUUUUUUAUAUAGUUUUGCUGCUGUGAAACAUGGUCGCCUAUGUCUUUAAUUAAUCCGGAUUUUUUUUCCAUUUUUGGAUUCUUCGUUCACCAGAGGCACGCAAGGAACACAACAUUUUGUCCACAAAUUCAACGGUCAUUUGGAGGAGAGUAUUCCUUUAAAAUGAAUAUGAAUGGUUUUCAUGUCAUAUCAUAUCACAAACCCAAUGGUGCAGAGGCAGAGAGAGACUGUCCUUUAAAAGGACAAUCCCUGGGUUAAGCCCCUUGCAUUCAUCCUGCUGAAGUGUCCUUGAGCACAGCACUGAAUCCCCUUCUUCUUCUGUCCUUCAACCUCUCUGUGGAGAACCCAAAACACCAAUCAUUUUAAAAUGGAGACCAGGAGUUCUUAGAAAAACAGAAAAUGUUAUUUACAUUAAAUGUGGCCUUAAUAAAACAGAGUAGGGAAUUGCGUCCCUCUCGUACCUGAUCAACUUCAACCACUAUUUAUGAGUGAAUUUUUCUAUUAUUGAAUGUUAUUAGUGUAAGGUUUUUACAUGUUUAAGUGUGAUUUUGCUUUGCUCAGCAGCUCACCCAGGCUGCAUUUCUGAUUGUAAUUUUAUCUCUUUCAGUAUUUGAUAUAGUAUUAUUUGUUUGCGUUCAGAUGAAGAAUAAUGUGACAAUAUUUUAUUGUGUGAUACGAUUGUGUUAAAUUGUUUGUGCAAUAAAAGUGUUAAAGGAA